GAAACAUUCCAAAUACGUUAAACGUAAAAUACGUGACACGUCUGGCACAGUUACUAACAUACUUUAAAAGAUGAGCAGUAUAAUAUUAAAGCAAAGGAGGACAUACAAGUAGACAAAAAGUUUAAAAUUAACUUAAUAGCAAAUAAACAUUUUAUAUAAAAUUUUAACAUUUUUAAGGCAAAAUCACAUAAAACGUAUACUAAUUCCCGUUUGCAAUCAAAUUAUGUGUGAAUCUUUCAUGUUAAUCCCCCUCUCCGGUUUGAUUGCAACGAUGUAGUUCAUUUAAUGGGGAAAUUUAAGUACGUAACUUAUACCACAUAAAUCUAUGAGUCAUCAUAACAGAAGAACAUUGGAAACACAUGAGUGUUCGUUUAGAUAUAUAAAUAUAAAUUAAUAUAUAGUUUCUUCGGAUAAGUAAUGCGCGCAAAAACAACAAGGCAAAAUGUCGGAGCAUUAUGUUCUGCAUCUAACGGAAGCACAGGCAGACGAAAUCAGAAAGUUCAUAACGGACCGGAAAUGGGGCGUCCAGAUGACGUCACACACAGACUUCUCGCGCAUGGCGGAAGUAGCUGAAGAUUAUUUGAUGUCACCAGACAGGAAGUCACCGCCGCAUUUUAAUGACCGCCAUAAAUUAGCUACCGACUAUAAUUCACAAGUUCCUCGACCAGAAGUACCCCCGAAACGGCAGCUUAACGGACAUUCCCCGUCAACAAGCCCGCCCUUGACGUCAGAUGAACCACCGGCGGUCCCCGCCCGUCCAGCAAACCGCAGAUCAGCGAGCGUAAAUGAUAUGUCUCAUAUGUCACCCAAUGCCGGAACGAACCUGCGCUCUACCAUCUCUUCCGGGACCUCCUCGUUUCCGUCUCCCCAUCAGUCUCCGCUGAUGACGAUGGAGACACCACCGCCGUCGCCGCUAUUGCCCGUCACACCACCUAGCGGCCACAGCGUGCAGAAAUUUGAAGAAGGUCUGAUGCGCAUGCGUGAGAAGGGCAGAAAUUAUAACAACUCCUUUAAAGGAAGCUUUUCAAGAGGGUCGACAAGAAAAGAUUCUCUUCCGACGCCCGCCCGCACGCAUGGUCAGUGGCGCUACUCCAGUGCUGCCACCACAGACAUUUGGAUCACCUCGGACGCAUCCGAUAUCGCGUUCGAACACUUCCUUGUCGCAGACGACAAUACGCUGAAGGUCAUGACGAAACUGAGCACAGAGCACGUGACUAACGUGUCCCGCGUGCCCGUGCGUAUCGUGCUGCUCGUGGACAGGAGCGGAAGUAUGCUACACAAGAUCGGCCGCGAUGCGCGACACACGAAAAUCACCAAGGUGAAGCACUUUGCGAGUCAGCUGAUAGGAACGCUGGACGAGGGCGACCAGGUUGCCAUAGUUACAUUCGGGGAGGAGGCGGAAGUGUUCUUCCCACUGGAGAGACUAAACGCCCAGAGCCGGCCCGUCUUGCAAGAGAUGGUGAACCGUCUGGACAAGGGAGCCAUGGCUUCCAAGACGAACCUCAGUGCCGGAAUUCGAACCGCGCUGAAAGUCUUCUACGAAUCUGUAAAAGACCAAGCCGCGUUCCUUGAAUCCAAGAACUCAAUCCUGAUAUUCUCUGACGGCGAAGUGAACGCCGGCACAACGGAUGCCGGCCGCCUCGUGCAGGAGGCGCGGCAGAACAUCCGCCAGAUGGUCCCCGGCUUGGACGACACGCAGAGCCAAUGGGUCACCAUAUCGGUCGUCACCACAGGAAGCAGCAUUUCCGAGCCGGCUUACCUGCUGUCAAAGAUGUGCAGUAGUGAGGCCUAUUACUACAUCAACAAAGACAGUCAGGAUCCGGAAGCCUCCCUCUUCCUUCCAGUGCUCCUCAGAAAGACAGCCGUCGCCUGGAACAUCUCUUACGUCAUCGAGAGUUUUCAUGACGUCAACUUCGACGACAACAAGUGCUCACGCGAUCAUCGCGUGCGACUCAAGCGCUCGUUUUCCGCACGCGGCCCGAAGAGCGAAAAAGCAUACUUUAUGUACGACUUUCCCGCCGGGCAUGCGCGUCAGCUUGGCGUCUGCGCGAACUGGAACGGACCGGAAUCAAUUGCCGGUUUAGCAGACGGCGAUGUGAUCUUUAAGCUACGAGUGGAGUAUACGAACAUAAAAGGGGAGCGCUUCUGGCAGGAGCAGGAAAUUUCGAAGGAGGACCUGUCAAACGCGCUUUCGCACAAAAACAAAAAAGGGGAUGCGAGCGCGGCUGCCUGCAAGCAUGAGUUGCAGAUGAUAUCGACGGAAGUGCUGAGUUCCGCUGCCGAGUUUGUGAAAAGUGGCGAUAAACAAAAAUCACGGGCGGUCAUGCAGAGCGGUCAGAGAAGUCUCCAAGCUCUAAUGGACCAGUACGGCGCGUCGUCAAUAACGACAGCGUCUUCCGAGGUUGGACCCGGCAGCCGCUUGGCGUGCUAUGCAAAGUCCGUCGCAGAGAAUCUCGGGGCGCUCAUAAGUAGCAUUGAAAAGGCGACUGCGGGUGAGUCGUGGAACAAAAUGAAGGCGGUCUCGACGGCUAUUGCCCGAGAGUCGCCAAACACCGCCGAAACCGUUGUCGGACAGGAAGUACUGUGCCCGUUCCCGGAAGUAAAUCAUAUGGAAUCCGACGCGAUGCGACAGCCGCUUGAACGCGCCCAGGCGGAGAAAAAGAAGCAGCACCGCUUGACGUUCGGCAUUGAUCGUCUGCUAGAGGAACAGCUUGCGGGUUUGGUCACGUGAUCAAAUUAUCGUCUUACAAUUUAAGUUACAAAAUGAUUUUUAAGAACAAAAUGACAAUGAACGUUCUCGCACUUGUUAUUAAGACAUACCGAUAGUGUUAACUUGAUUACUAGUACAUAAUCGUUUGAAAACGUUAUAUCAUACCAAAAGAUAAGUAUUGUCUACUGAGUGUUUAACUAUUUAGACGUUGUUUUUUUGUAUCAACAAGAUUGCGCUCAUAUGUAUUUUACUUUGUAAAUUUGCUCAUGCAUAUCUUCGCACAACUGCAGAUUUUGGCAUGUUAAAAAGUGAAGGUGGUUACAAAAUAACCAGGAUCAAUCAUCUCAACAAAUAUAUGUACAAGCAUGGAAACAUUCUGAAGGUUUAUUUGUACAGUAAGCAAUCGCAACCUCCCCACCCUUUGGGAAAAUAAUAACUGAUUACAGUUAUCUUUCUUUAAAAUAACGUGUGCUCAGAUUUUCGGAUUUAAAAAAAAAUGCCAUUGAAUGAAUUUACUAAAAACACUUAAGUAUUUUAUAUUUUUUACAAUAGUUUUGAAUAACUUUUAUAACGAGAAAAAAUAUGAAGUAGAGGAUUUCCAAAGUAUUGCAAAAUGUAUACAAUUAUGGAGUAGAAGAACGCUAACGCCAUUCGGUAGAAUAACAGUUAUCAAAUCUCCGUCAUAACCGCUUCUAAAAAACUUUUUUUCCAUAUUACUAACUCCAAAAUCACAAAUAUUAAAUAUAAUAAAUUGAAUGUUUUACGAAUUUCUUUCACAAGGUCAGUCAAGAAUAAACGACUUAGUACUUUUAUUUUAUAGCAGUGGAAGUUGAAUAAUUAGUUUUAUAAUUCUUUAAUCACGGUUUUCAAUUGAACAGCGACCAUUCUUGUAUCUAGUUGGUUUAACAAAGGAGUACACUUUGUUAAAGAUAUCAUGAAAAUUACAUUUGAAAAUGUAUAACUAGAACGAAAUAUGCACAUAAAAAAUAGCGCCAGUGUUAAUUUCCUACACUGUGAAGGAAUGCUAAAAGCGAUAAAAAAUACUUUUUACCGAUCCGGGGUUUGAGUCCGGAACCUCAUGGAGCCACAAUCUAACAAGGUAUCACUACACCACGCAGCCUUCCGAAGUUACGUGGAAUUGUUAACGAUAUGUCGAUAAUAUGCGUUCGUGUUUAACUAUCGAUAGUAAACGUUACUAACGCUUUAUAAUUUGUCCAAUUUAGAUAUAAGAAUAAGCAUAACUUAUCUUAUUAUUUUUAUUAUUAUUUUUAUUAAUUAGUAAGAAUGGAUAUUUUGCUUGUUGAGUAAUAUGCAUACAUUCUUUCUUUACCCAUUUAUGCCUCUAGGAAAAAGGCCUUGGCAAACAGCGUAGACCCAGAUGAGACGCCGCAUCAUGCUGCGUCUCAUCAGGAUCUGCGCUGUUUGCUUAAUGGAAUUUCUGUAACAAAUAUUCUAAAUACAGAAAUACAUAUACUAGACAUCCCUUAUUUUGGAAAUAAAUUGAUCCAAUUAAGAAGGGUGGGAGAGUCCACUAGGAAUAAAUGGGUUUAAUAUAUGACAACUGCUCUGAAUAUUGUCAUUUUGCAAAACGUCCUUCAACUAAAUAAAGCAUUUAACGGUUAAUUAUCAAUGAUUUUUAGACAUUUAUUAAGUUUGUAUUUUGCUGAUUGCAUUUUUUUGUUUUACUAUUUUAGCUUUGAAUUAAUAUUUAUAUUCGACAUGAUAUAAAACGUCUAAUACAUUUUGCGUGACUGUA